GUCGCCUUUAGAACAAAGCUGGCUGCUUCCACCAGCUUUAUGUCCAUGUCUUAUGAUCUCUGUGAAUAGCUUGGAUGUGAGAUUGGCAUCAACACCUCAGAUGGGUCUAGUGAAUCUUCUCAAACUUCUUCUGUGGGGGAUGCUUCUGUUGCAUCAUUUAGCUCAAUCAGCUGUCUAUAUACACUUUGAUCGACUGCCGCUGGCUCGAACAAGGUUCUCUACAGCAGUUUUUAGAUACUCUAUUAUGAACCAGAAUGGCCAAAAUCUCUGUAGGAAUCCAGGAUGUUCCAUGUAUUGUGAGCUUGACAAGCAGCCCCUGAAGUCUUGCUCCACUGAUCUCAUGGUAUUUGAAAAUUUGACCACCAAUCAAUACCAUAAUUUUCUUGUUGUUGUCUCAACACCCACAGGAGAAAAGAACUCAACUUCUUAUAACUGGUAUAUUGAUACCAUCCCACCAACAGCAUUUGUUUAUACUCAAAUGAAAUAUACAAGUGCUGAUAAUAUCACUGUUGGGAUUACAUUCAGUGAGGCCUGCACUGGUCAAGGUGGCUUCAAGUGUUCCAAUGCUUCAAGUUGCGAUGUAAUGAUUAAUGGGCCUGCCAAUGUAGAUGCAUCGACAUUGCAAAUUGUUAAACCUGGCUUCAGAUAUAGCUUGGUUAUUGUGUUCUCUUCAAAUGUGAUGUAUGGGAGAGUAGUAAUCAAAACGGGUGAAAGUUUUUGUUCUGAUCAGGCAGGAAAUUCAUUCACAAGGACAAAGCACUCGAUCCAUCUUGUUUACUUUGAUAGACGACGAGUUUAUGCUGAACUAAGAACAUUGAUACCAUCCUAUGAGUUGGAGAUUGGAAAAGUGCCAAGAACUGUUCUUGCCACUAACAGAACUGAGGAAAUGAAAUUUAUUUUGACUUUCAGAAUCCCAGUGAUAAAUUCGACAAAGGAUAUCUUGAAUGCGUUGCAAGCAAAUGUGGGCCGCUUUGUACCAGUUCCUACUGCAACACAUGGGAAUCGCCAUUUCUGUUUUGAACUCAAAAAUGUUUCAAGCACAGAAAUUAUAACAGUGAAGCUUAUGCCUGAUUCUAUUUUUGCGCAAUCAGGAAUUGCUGUCUCUCCGGUUAUGCCUAUUGUGUUCCUUUAUGAUACAACACAUCCCAGUGUAGUGCUGAGUACUAGCUCCCCUAUAGUUACAAAGGAGGCCAACAUCAAUGUGGUAGUUGAAUUUACAAAACCUGUUUUCGGAUUUGAUGCCUCAAGCAUAGAGGUUGAAGGGGGAAAAGUUGCAAGACUGAAACAACUCUCGGAGGCUCUCUACUCAAUGACUGUUGAGGUGCUAACUCAGACUAUAGUCUCCGUCCUUGUACCUGAAGGCAAAGUGAGGGAUGUCACUGGAAAUCUAAAUUUAGAAUCUAACAAACUGGAAUUGAGACAUUAUUUUGUGCCUGCUGUAUCGGUUGCACUGUACUCAUUUGCGACAGCAGGGAUUCUGGCUACAUCACUAGCAGCUGCUGUUGUUGCAGUCUCCUCAGCAAAUCUAGCAGCAAUAGGCAGUAUAACGAGUGGGGUCAACAAUGAAGUCAUUUCAGAUCCAUCAAGAAAUCUUCUGGGAAUGGCUGGGCAUUUGCAAGUAUUUGUCUUGUCAGACUGGUAUUCAGUUGGCUUGCCCGCUGAAUAUUCUGAGACAACAAGAGGCCUAAGAUGGCUUCUUCCCAGAGCAAAGCUUCCAUGGAAGAAGGAAGACACGCCCACCUGGCCCAACUAUCCUUCAUCUUACAUAGUUUUCAGUAAUAUCUCGAAGAAAUAUGACAAAGGAUCUCUUCUUGGUAUCAAAAGAGGACAGCAUUCUUUAGCUCCGCGUUCAAAUUGUGCAUCUACACCAUCAAGGCAGCCGAUGAUCUCACCAGAUUCUGAGAUUUUUAAAAAAAUUAUGGAGCGCAAAAGAUCAUGUGAAGUUAACUCAGCUCCAACAUAUAGAGGCUCUGAAUUUGGUAUGUUCAAGCAAAAACAGAAUGUGACCAUGGCAGAUAUUCCUUAUGGGCAACUUCUCAAUUCUGAGGAAUAUUUCAUCCAUUUCUUGAGAGGAGAACCUCUGUCUGCAGCCAACGUUAUUAAGAAAUUAGAGAAUUAUGAAGGAUGGCAAGACUUAGAAAUGAACUUGUUCUGGCUUGGAGUGGGGGGUGGUGGCCUGCUCAUAUUGCAUUUUAUCACACUACUCUUUCUAAAAUGGAGGACAAGAACAUCAGUUCAUGGGCUACUCUCCAUUCCACGCUUUGAACUCUUCCUCCUCUUCCUCAUGCUUCCAUGCAUUGGCCAAGCAUCGGCUUUCAUCAUUAGAGGUGUCACUACUAAAGGGAUAGUCGUCGGUGCCUUGUUCUUAGCCAUUCCCACUGCAGUUUUCUUAUCAAUCCUAUGGUUCCUCACAAGCACUCUAUUCAUGGAUAGUAUGUUCCUAUACAAAGAAGUAAAGUGCACCGAUGCAGAUCAUUCAAGGUGCAGCCAGCUUUCCAAUUUGUUAUUUGGUAGGAGCACCACUGGAAAAUGGUUUAUGGCUGAAGGAACGCCGACAUCGUUCCUCUCGCGAUUCGGUAUUCUCUUUGAGGACCGGAAGGGUCCUCCAUUGUUUGUCUCUGCUGAAACAAAUGAUCCAAGUAGCAUAACAAAGUGGACUGGCAGUGGGCAAAGUGGCAUUGGAAGAAUGAGAGCACUAAGCUCAGCCGACGGCAACGAAGAAGCUGGUGCUUCUGAAAGGCUUCUCGGGUGCAUCAGAUCAGCUUUCCUCAUUUUAGAUCUUAUACGAAGAGUUGGAUUGGGAAUCCUUUCUGCAGCCUACUCAGUUCCAAGUCAGAGCCAGUGUGCUAUAGCUUUCAGCAUCACAAUGUUGCAGUUCCUAUGUCUCUUCCUCCUCAAGCCAUAUAUAAGGAGGGGAGUUCACAUGGUGGAGAGUAUAUCACUUCUCUGUGAAGCCAUUUUAUUCGCCCUCGUGUUCGACGUCAAUCACUUCAAAAAUUAUACAAACCAGCAGACAAUUGGCAUUAUGAUGCUCCUACUCCUCUUUGUUAGCUUUGUUUCACAGAUUGUCAAUGAAUGGUAUGCUUUGACCAAAUGCCUCCUGAGGAUCACACAGACACAGAGAUCUUUUAAGCUGGGACUUGAGUGGAUCUGUAAAGGCCUUGUGUUGCUUUACCUUCCAAAGAAAUACUGGAGCAGACUCAUUCCUGGAUCCACUCAGCCUACUACUGGCCUAAUUCCUGUUGUACCACCAAGUCCAGAGGUUGAAUUGGAGCACAGGAAAUCUGAAACAACAAUAGCCAUAAGCCAAGCGAGUGCAACAGUGGUUCCUGUGAGCAUUCCUAGCGUAGCUGACCGCGGCACACCGCAAGGAGCAAUGCAGACAAACAUGGAUUCAAAUCCACCACGAUGGCAGGUGCCAAUCCAGAGGAGCAGAACAAUGUCUGCAAAAGGAAGGCUGUCGCAGAGUUCUAAGUUGGCGCGGGAGAGUGAUAUGAAGAAGCUGAGGAAGUUGGCAAGAGCUAGUUUUUUGGUUAAACAUCAGAAGGCUGGAGAGGGGAGUAGUAGCCAUGCUCCAAGAGAGAGUCAUCUGGAUGACUCAUCAUCAAAUGGCUCUACAGCUUAAUCAGCUGGAGACAGGCAGUGAGGAGAUGCCAUGUGGACUUAUUUGAUAAAGAAUGGGAUGAUGCUAGCUGGAUUUUGGUGUUGGCUAAGCGCAUCAUGCAUGCUGUUAUUUUUAUGAUAAGCAAGUAUUGGUUCUUGUAUCCUAUGUACAUAUAACUGGUGCUUUAAUGAAGAAAUUCUGGGUGUACAACUGCUAGCUCUUUCAAUUCUCCUCAGGUAAGGGAAAAGAAAAGAAAAGGAAGGGAAAA